GGUGCGCACGCUCGCGCUCUUCCUGCAGGAGCCCUGGAUGGACUCGGGCGCGCCCGGUACGUCGUCGUCACCCUCCUCUCUCCCCUCCCCUCCCCUACAUCCUCUCCUCGAGAAGCACGCCAGCUGAACGCUUUCUCACCCAGACGAGGCCGAGUGGUCGAACUGGGCGCUGCUCCACACGGACCUCACCUUCCUGCGCUUCCCCGGCCUCGUCCUCGGCCAGUACCACCUCUCCGCCCCCGGCGCCGGCACCUUUGCGCUCGAGAACGCGGGCUACUGGGCCUGGGCGAACGCCCUGCUUGCGCCGGGCCACGCGCGCAUGCGCGCCGCGCUCGUGUACGCGGUGCGCGAGCAUGCGGAGCGGCGCGCGACGGCGGCGGCCGGGGAGGCGCGCAAGGCGCUGUUUUCUGGGGGUGGCAGGGAGAGCGCGGUCGUGCUCCGCGAGGGCGCGUACGAGGGCUUCGUGUGGUUCACGCGGCAGUACGCCGUCGACUUUGUCGUCCCGGAGGAGCUCGUCUCGGCGGACUGGUGGCAGACCAAGAAGUUCCUCGUCCGGCGCGAGCGCGGCGGGCCGGUGCACUACCGCACGGAGCCGAUGUACCACGACGACUGGUUCGUGCUCCCGCCCGAGGCGUACACCGACGCGGACCCGGCGCACAUCGCGUCGCCGAUGCUCGCGCACGACUGCCUCUACAACCACUUCCAGACCGAGAAGUACGCCGAGUGGUGGAAGGCGCCGGGCUUGCCCAGCACGCCGCUUGGCGCGAACGAGCUCCUGUACGUCGACAAGGAGCGCGGGGCGUGGGUAUGGGACGAGCGCGGGCGCAUCUUAUUCAAUUCCUCCUCCGAGUCGUCAUCGUGAGAUUGCAUCUGUGGACACUGUUCUAGCUCGGACUCUUGUUAUUUGCUGUCGGGUUUUCUUGAAUCUGUCCAGUUCUGCAUGUUCGGCUUUCAGUUUACUGCGCUCAUAUCGUUAUAUAGACACUAGACUCUCGGCAUUUGCACGUUGUCGAUAUUACCUAUCUAGUUCCUGCAUCCUGAC